GACAUGGGGUUUCUAAACAAACUCGCCAUAGCGGGUGUCAUAGUUGUUAUUUUGUCUUCAGUAGUUGGAUUCUGGGGUUUCUGGAAAUUCAUCACCUACAAACUAACUAGCAGCGUGAACUUGGCUCCAGACACCGACAUAAGGAAGGCAUGGGAGAAGGCGCCAAUAGCAAUCGACUUCAAGGUCUACAUCUUCAACAUAACAAACCCCUGGGAGGUGCACAAUGGUAGCAAACCCGUUCUUCAGGAGAUUGGACCUUUCGCCUUUUUUGAAUGGAAGGAGAAAGUGAACGUGGUGGAUCACAACGGCAACGACACUGUAUCAUUCAACAUGAAGAACACCUGGAUAUUCAACCCUGAAGGAAGCGGCGGUCUGACUAUGGACGAGAUUGUGGUUGUGCCCCACAUGGCAAUGCUGGGACUUGUGUACAUCGUGGAGAAGCGCAAGCCCGGCUCGCUGAGGGUUGUGAACAACGCUCUGCCCGCGCUAUACAACAGCCCCGAGACCGUCUUCCUGACCACCUCAGUGCGUGACCUCCUGUUCGACGGAAACGUCAUCAACUGCACUUCUACGGAGUUCGCUCCCUCAGCACUGUGCUCCGCCAUCCGCGCCCAGUCUGCCAGCCUCCACAAAGUCAGCGACGACAUCUUUAAAUUCUCCCUGUUUGGAGUUAAAAAUGGAACCCCAGAGGCAGGGACCUUUAAUGUCAAGCGUGGAACAGAAAACUACAAGGACGUGGGGCGAGUACUUCUGUACAACCACGAGCCCCAGCUGUACGUGUGGGACGGCUCGCAGUGUAACAAGUUAGAGGGUACAGAUUCUACCGUGUUUCCUGCUCUGCUUUCUCCACAGGACGACAUCGACGACAUCGUCUCCUUCUCCCCGGAUCUCUGCAGGUCGCUGGGAGCUAAAUAUCAGUAUUCGACCGAGUACCAGGGGUUCAGCGCCUACAGUUACACCGCCUCUCUGGGCGAUAUGGCCAACAACCCGGCAGAGCACUGCUUCUGUCCCACUGCCGACACUUGCCUCAAGAAAGGAGCUCUGGACCUUACAGAGUGCUUGGAGUCGCCAAUCAUAGUGACUCUCCCUCACUUCUACGACACCGACCCCUCCUACCUGGAGACUGUUGAGGGACUGCACCCUCGAGGCGAGCUCCAUCAGAUAUUCCUCAUCUUUGAGCCGAUUACUGGGACCCCCCUGUCUGCUAGGAAACGAUUGCAGUUCAACAUACACCUGCACGCGGUCAAGAAAGUCAAGAUUAUGAUCAACUUACCCGAUGCUUUACUGCCGAUAUUCUGGGUUGAAGAGGGUGUAGACUUGGAUCAGAAAUUUUUGGACAUCCUUGACAAGAGCCUAUUCCGGCCGCUGCGAUGGGUGUUUGGCGGUCGUUGGGUCUUCCUAACCCUCGGUCUGCUGAUGAUAGCCACAUCCUUUGUUAUAAGGUAUGCCAUGCGAAACAAUCUCAUGCCUACAUACUUUGACCAUGAGCCUGCCCCAACACGCCGUAAAACUCCUAGUCCUGCUCAAGUUAUGGAUUUAAGCCCAUCAUCUACAAAGUACUAG